AUGCAUUAUUAUAAUCCUAUGUAUAAUUAUUUGUUGAUCCAUUAACAUAUAAUUCAACAAACUUUUUUUAACCAUUAUUUGGAAGCAUUUUAUCUUAUUUAUUGGGUCAAGGAUAUAUAAUUUUAAUUUUUAGGAAUCUUUGCCAGGUUCACUAUCAAUAAUCUGUCUCAUCUCUUAUAUAUAGUAUAGGUUUGCUAUUUAUACAAAUUGGAUGAUCUAAAUCAGAAACAGAAUAUUUAAAUUUAGAUUUCGAACUUUAAUUACUUGAUACUGUUUAUUUUGAACAAAAUCCUUUGCUUUCUGUAUAUUAAUCAAAUUAUAAAUAUAGAAAAAAUUAAAUGA